UAGAGAAAUACGAAACUGGACCCCUCCUUACUAUACUAAUAAUUUCAUUUAAAGACCAUUAAUUCUAUUUUAAUAAUUAUAAGAGUGAUGUCCAAUUUCGGAGGCUUUAAUACAUCUUAUUUGGACUCAUUGUCUACAGAUAAUUCCGACACAAUUCCUGCCUCUGGGUCAUCAGCUUCAGAGAUUACAAGAGGAGUACCGAUAAUAAAACGAGAAGAUGUAGAAGACUUAUUGUCUAGAUCUUCAGAUGUUAGGAAACAAUUGAGUCAGUCAUUUCAAGGUUCAGGAGGAUUACAUGUUAGUGGAGGGAUUAAUAAACCACAAUCUAGAAGAAGUUCAUUAAUUCCCAAUAUAAAGUCUAAUCCAACGAGUGAUGUUGAAGAUGAUGAUAAUAUCAAUAAUAAUAACAAUAAUAAUAAUAAUAAUAAUGAUAAGAAGAGUGAUCCUGGUAGGGUUGAUUUAGUCACUAGUAAGAUUCAAGAAUUACUUACUCUAAUACCUCCUGAAUUUUUUCAAGAUACAGUUAAAUCCAAUAAGAAUGGUAAACCACCUAUUAAACAAGAAAAUGAUGAAAAUGAAGAUGAUGAAGAUGAAGAUGGUAAUCCAAGAACUUCUGGUACUAGAGACGGUAAACCUAAUAAGGGUCAAAUUUUAACCAAAUCUCUUGAAUAUAUUGAAUACUUACAAAAGCUUAUUGAUGAUAAUAAUCAUGCCGAAGCUAGAUUAAAGAAACGUUUAAAAGAACAAGAGGACAGAGCUGGACUACAAAAUCUGCAGUUAUCUAUUGGCCCUACUAGUGGGGAAAGAGCUUUGGGAGAAAUUGGGAUUGGUCUGAAUCCAGCAUUAGUAGAAGACUAUUUUAAGCAAGUAUUAGUAUCGAGUGCUAAUACUAAUAGAGCAUCUCAAAGAAGAGGUAGUACAAUUGUAAAUCCAUAAUUACAACAAAUUGUCUAUGUUUAUUAUGUGUAUA